UGGCCAAUACAAAAUGUAGUCUGCAAAAUGCAGAUGUGUAUUUAAAUGAUUUAAAGCAAUAACGCUUUGUACUACGCAUGCGCGACGCUGGGAGACGCUAUAUUGACACAUUGAGACGUAUUCAAAUUGAGCAUAAUGUAUUUUUCGCAUCACACAGCAACAACAACUAAACUCUUGAGCACAAAGCGAAGCGAACAUGUCAAUCGUAAAACAAUUUAAAGGCAACAAGAUUUUGAGCUCCGCAGAGUUCGUUGCCCUGUUCAAGAAGUACGACAAAGACGGUAAUGGGUUAAUCGAAGCUGGCGAAUUGGACUCUUUCCUAAACGAUCUUUGUGAGGAACUUGGAGCUGAAAACCAACUGAAAUGUGACAUCAAAGAGCUAAAAACUCUAGUGCUCUCUAAAUACGAUGUUAACUCUGAUGGAAAACUCAGUAUGGAUGAGAUGAGCAAAAUUUUGCCAACAGAGAAGAACUUCCUUAUGAGUUUUCGCAAUAAUGUAAAACUGACUUCGGUGGAAUUUAUGGAGAUUUGGUACCAUUAUGACCUAGACAAGAGUGGGUAUCUGGAAGGAGCUGAAAUCGAGGGAUUCAUCUUUGAUUUCUUGAAAAAAGCUGAAUGUGACGUUUCCCCAACGAAGAUCAACUCUUACAAAGAUGAAAUCCUGAGCACCAUCGAUACUGAUAGAGAUGGAAAAAUUUCGCUAACAGAACUAGCCGAGCUGCUACCAGCUGGCGAAAACUUUUUCAAGAAAUACGAGAACAAACACAUGCUUGACCAGGGGGAUUUCAAUGAAAUAUUCGAUCACUACGACAAGGACAAAAGUGGUUUAAUAGAAGAGCAAGAAUUGAUGGCAUUACUGAAAGACAUCAUGGAACGAGAUGAGACGAAACCUAGUAUGUCCGAUCUGGAAAGUUGCAAGAAUGAGAUCUUAAAAAUUGUCGAUUUGAACAAGGAUGGGAAAGUCUCAAGGGAUGAGUUGGCUUUGUUACUCUCAACAAAGUAGCAAAUAUACUAUCACAAAAAUAUUAUUAAAUGCAUGAUACGAGGGAAUAUGUUUUCAUUGUUAGAAAAAUUAUACGAAUUAGUCGGAUUAUUAUUAUUAUUAUUCCUCACCAAGCAUAUUCACUUUUCGCCUGCGGAUUUAAAUGUAGAAUAUUAAUUGCACGUAGUUGUUAGCCAUAGUACUAGAUAGCGUGAAAAUAAAACACAAUUUGGUUGUAUAUUAUCAUGUGCU